AGCCAGCAGCAGCAGCAGCAGCAGCAGCAGCAGCAAGCAGCAGCAGCAGCAGCAGCAAUGCUUUGCCGAAUGCACCUCGCACCGUUCGCCUCCAGCUCCCUGGCCAGCCGUCUGGGCACGGUGAGGACCCUCUGGCCGCAUGCAGAGACCAUCUUCACCGAGCUGCAGCAGGAGAUGGAGAAAGCUCGGGAGUUCAUGAGCAGCUUCGAGCAGCUCCUGAGCAGCCACGGAGCCACCGCCAUGGAGCGAGCCCCGAGCACCAGCGCAGCCCUGACCCAGGGCUCCGGGGAGGGCUUCUCCGUCUGCCAGGACGUCAAGAACUUUGCUCCCGAGCAGCUGUCGGUGAAGGUGGUGGGCAGGAAGGUGGUGCUGGUGGGGCAGAAGGAGACGCAGAACGUCGAUGAGAAGGGCUCCUUCUCCUACAAGUAUGAGGUGCUGAAGCGGGAGUGGGAUGUGCCCGAGGAGGUGGACGCCGAGGCGCUGACAUGCUCCCUGUCCAAGGAGGGGCAGCUCCGCAUCGAGGCCCCCAGGCUGGCCCUGCCGGCUGCCCCGGAGAGGAACGUGCCCAUCCAGGUCAGCCCUGCAGCCCCACAGCCCGGACCAGCCUCCGAGGAUGGAGCUCCCAGCAAAGCCCAGGUGUAAUGGGAGGGAAGCCGAUGGCCCGCGGCAGGACCGGAGCAGACAGCAGCAAAUCUUGGGUUUUAGCCCCGACAAGCUCCAUCAGCAAUGAUGUCACUUUUUUCACUAUACUGGAAUGUUUUUGUAUCCAAUAAAAACACUUUUGCAUACAACUUGCUUGUGCUCUCUUGG